UACUUCCGGUCACUUUUGUGGCGGCUCGUUCGAAAGACUACCUGCUUUAAUGUUGAAUUUAAACAUGACAACAGGAUAAAAGUUAAUCAAUUUAUUUCAUUCUUAUGAAGAUAAAAGAGUAAGAGCUGUUAGUUGACCAAUUGCAAUGAUGGGUGAUCCACUUGACAUGAAGCAGAUUUUCUUCACCAAUCUGCAAGUGCUGGGAUUUGAUGCAGCUGCAGAAGGACAAGACAACAAAAUUCCCUUUAAUAAAAACAUGUUUGAUUUGCCAAAUAAGAGGGGCAGUGAAGUUGUUUUACAUUUCCUGUUUGAGAAAUUAAACCCAGUCAUGUGCAGAGAAGAGUUCAGACAUUGUUGGCCCAUAAUUGACAAGCAACAAGAAGCUCAGUACAGAAGGACUUGUAAUAACUGGUUGAAUAAUAUAUCAAAGAAUGAACCUGACUCCCAUUUACCCCGGAUAACUGGAUCCCUGUUCCUGUCACCUGGUGGAGAUAAAUUUAUCCAGUUGUUACUUCAUUUUUCCAGAUAUGUUCUGCAACAGGAUAUUGAAAGAAUGGGGGGUAAAGAUAAAGACCAUCUGCGUUACCCAGAAUUAACACAGCAAACAGCCUCCCUUGGUGAAGCUGUAGGGAAUUCUGUCCAAUGUUCCAUUGUUAGGAACAGGAAACAUUUAUUGGAGGAAUCUCAAAUUAUACUGGCGCUGAAUAGGGAAUGGAAAGAAUAUUCCAAUGAGCUGGUAAAAGAUUAUAGGAAGCUAUCGAAAUUGGCUAGAGAAAAAGACCACAAGAUUAGGGAAGAGAUACAGAAAACUACUGAGAGAGGAGCAGAAAGAGGGAGUCCCAUGGUUAGGAAAAGGCGUUCAACAAAUGCAUAUGAAUAUGAUUUUGAUCCUCAGUCAAUUAAGAGAGCUCAGAGAGUUCAAGAGGUCCGUGACUUAUGGAAGCAGUUUGACGAUUUCUGUAUCAGAGAGGCAGCAGAGAGGGAAGUUAUAGAGUCUAUAGUAGAUAAAACAAUGAACAAAUGUAAAAUUAAUGCUUCUGAUGUCAACAUUAAAGUUCCUGAUCUAUUACUGACAGAAUGUGAAGACGAAAUAAGAAAGAGACAUGUAGACAGUAACUUCCAUCAUGGGAAGCUUAACCUUGUUAGUAUAAUACAGCUAUGGAAUUUAUGUCUUCAUUUGUAUAUAGAAAAAAUACAUCAAGCUGGUGUUCCAAAAUUUGCAGAGGAAGUGAAAGCAGUAACAGAUAAAGUACAUACAAGUACAGCUUAUCUUUUCAAUACACAGUCAUUAAAGGAGCAAAUAGCGAGUAUCUUGCCUGAGCUCAAGGAAUCGAUAGACUAUCUCAGGAAUAAAAUCGAUAAGGAAGUGACUAUCUCCAGUACUCCACGGAGUUUACGAACUACUUCUGUAGGUAUGGGUUUGAUGGAACCUUCUCCACCUGUAUCUUUCACACCAAGAAAAACAACCGAAAUCACACCAGAGGGCACUGCAAUUAAACUUUCUCCUGAUGAUGUGACCACACCAGAGGCAGUCUCUAGAAUUGCAGAUAAUGUUACAGGGACUGUUAGAAAGGGUCCAAAUAAUCUAUUCCAAGGUACCCCAGUGUAUGCUGGAUCUGUUAAACAGGAUGCAAGAACAACAGGAAGGGUCAAUUCUAAAUUACCAAAGAAAACAAAAACAGAAAGUUCAAAUUCUAGAACAGUAGAUGUUAGAGGUCACUUGCAUUCUACACCAACAAGAGCUGCUAGACCAACAGGAAAUUAUCAUGAUUGGGAUGGAAUCAUACAACAGCCAGAGACAUUAAUUUCACAGCUAAAAUAUUCACCACCCCACAGUGAGCAAUCUUUUCAUAGUGACAGACACAUAAACAAGAGUAAUAUAACUCAAGCAUCAGGAACCAUAACUCCUAAGCUGUCUCCAAGAUCUGACUCAGAGCCUGUUACUCCUAGGAACAAAAGUUACAACUCUCCAUUUAUUUCACCCAGACAAGGACAAAGGUCAGCAGAGGUCACACCAAGACAAGGUCAUAGGUCACCAUCAGACAUGAUAGUAGAUGAGGUUAUGGGAUUUGGAAUGGUUAUGUCUCCUGGGAUGUCAGGUGCAGAUGCAUUUCGUACAAAAGCAGAAAUCCCAAGAAGUCCUAUUAGUGUUGAAGUCAAAAUGAUGUUUAGAGAGGCAAUGUCCAAUGAAAGUAGUCCCCAGUCUGACAGGUCAAGGUCUUCUAGAGGUCAAAAGUCAGCUGAACAUAGUUUCAACAUGAGUGAUCAUGGCUUAAACAUUCAAAAGGACAAUCCAACUUUUGGUUUUAAAAAUGUUUCAAAAACUUUGAAUAGAUCCAAAAAUACAACUUCAAGUUCAAACCAAAUGGCACUUCAGAAUGACCAAGUGUUGUCAAGUGAUGCCAUUAACAAUUAUAACGAGGAAAAAAAAACUAAUGGUUCAGAGUUGCAAAAAGACAAAUAUUUAGUAGAAAAUCGUCCAAAAUCUCCUGUAGGAGAAACUUUAGACGAUAUUGAGACUGACCCAGAAGAUAAUUCUACAACAUCUAAAUUUAAAUCAAUAGAGAACAGUUUUAAAAUACAAAGACCCCCGUCUCCUGUGGCUGAGUUAUUAGAAAGUUUUGAUUCUGGAAAAGAGGAAUCAGACAAAAUGUUGGAGGAGGAAGUUUUUCCAAAAGAAGAAGAGGAUGAUUUCUACUUAGAACAACCCGAAGGUUUACUCUCCUCAGAGGAGGCAGAGGACAGUCAAUAUGAAACCUUAUCCAAAAAAUUUGAAGAACAAAAAGCUUUCAUUCAACAAGAGGUCAUUCCAAGAAGCCCUCUGAAGGAUGAAAUAAGACGAAUGUUUAAAGAAGCAAUGUCUGAUGUAGAGGAUUCACCAUUACAUAAAAGUAGUAAUAAGCCUCACUCAGAUAGCUUUUCAAGGUCAAAUAACAGUAAAGGGAGAGCAGCAGGUAUUGAUGAUAGUUUUUAUGACCUGCAAGCAGGUAAUAGCUUUGAUUUGCAAGGAGCAGGUGAUGGAAUUGGUCUUGAUGACAUAGAAAUGCCAGAUAUGCCAUUAGAAGAUUCUUUCUGUGAAAGUUAUGGUGCAGGAAUGUCCAACAACACUUCAAAUUAUUCUAACAAAGCUAUUAAUCGUGAAAGUGUAGGUCUUGAUUUGAUGUCAUUCACACCAAAAUCAGAGGUGAAUUUAUUUCAAACUUAUGAUGCAAGAAAAUUAGACGAGGCAAAACAUGAUUUAGAUGAAAUAUUUAGCCAAAGUCUUCCAUUAAGGGUGGAAAACAUCCGUCAAGCAGAGACAAAACAACAGCUGACAGAGAAUAAAACACAAUUGAAAGAGUUAGAAAAAUCUAUUGGAGAACUUGAAGGAAAAUUACUGGAAAUUAGUUCAAAUGAGUUUCUAAAUCCUGAUUCAAAAGAUGAUUCCGAUUUAAUCGAUAAUUUAGACGAUUCAUUUGUACCUCUGAAAGGUGGUGUUUUAUUUGAAGGUGGAACACCUUUAAAAUCUAGGUCACUUCAGGACAAAGACGAAGUACCUAUAAACAAUAGUAAUGAUAUACGGACUAGAAUGCAACAACUCAAAGAGGUUGCCAAGAAAAUUAGUUCAGAUUUUAAUGUAUAGCCUGUCUCGCAGUAUUAAAUUAUUUUUAAACUGGAAUGUAUUAAUUGUUUAAUUUAAUGUAUUGAAUCCUUUUUAGCUGUGUUUAAAAUGAUAAGUUAGCGCAUCUUAUAUGUAUAAGUAUUUAUAAUUAUAAUAGAAUAAUAAAAGGAAGAAAAAUAGGAGUUUAUUUAAAUAAUCGUCAGCAAAAUUACGUCUUAUUUAAAUUUGUCUUCCUAAUAGAUUUUAAUUCAUUUCACUCGUGUUAUAGUAGAUCCUACAGUUUAAAUGCUACAAUUUAUCUGAUUUCUUGUUUUAGAAGACUUCAAUGGUGUGUCUAUUUUAGAACAAUUGUGUAUUGUCCUAACUCAGGCAAACUGACCCCCAAAGAACCUUGUCCAGAAUACUGUUGUGUAUUUUUCCAUAUUUAUAUGAAAGUGUAAACGUGUGAAAUAACCAAUCAAUUUCUAUUCUGAGUUUUCAAGGUACAAAGUUUUAUCAGAGUAAGACAUCAUGACUUAAAUGGUACAACUUAACAGAUUUUUUCCCUUUUACAACAGAACCAACAGAACCAACAGAUUCCUUUCUUACUAUCUAAUUAGUAAAUAGUAAAAGUAAUUUGAUUAAUUUUUUUUGACAUUUGUUGUUAGGUAAUUUUUUAUAUCCUCAACAAUUUUAGAAAGUGUUAAAAAAAUUUGUUCACUUACAAGAAUUACAUUCUUUUAAUGUUUUAUAUAAUUCUAAAUCAAAUUUCAAUACCCGUAAUUGCAAUACUUAAUUUUACAUUGUCUUUGGUUGUAAUAUUUGCAGUAAUAAAUACACAUGAUGUAUAUUUUAAUUUUAAAAAAGCUUGUUAUAAGUUAUUUUUUUAAGUUAUGUUAGGCCAUUUGUUAAGUGUUAUGUAUUAUAAACAAAAAAGAUAUUUAUUUGAAACAUAAAUGAUUUGUUUGUACAUUGCAAAUAAUGAAACAUAUACAGUAUGUAAUAAUUACCACAAGGAUAUGUUGUAUGUAUUCAAAACAUAGUUAAACCAGAUGGUGCUUUUUCUUAUUUGAAACUUUUUGUAUGUUGCUUAAUAUCAAAACUAUAAGAAAACAUGGGUGUCUUUUCUUACCUCUUCACUGUAAACAACUUCAUACUUUGUUAAUCUGCAAGUUCUAGAUAAUUAUAGGUUGACAAAGUUUCACAUUUUUUUCUACAAAACUUGAAAUUGUGCACCAGUUAUUUUAUAUAUUGAUCUCAGAGCUAUUUUGGAGGGAUCUUUUACCAAAACCAGAGCUUCUUCAUUCUUCUUGUAUUGUCUCGUUCAAAAGAUUCAUAUUUUUUGACAUUUUGUAGCAGCUUUGUAUUUAGAUUCAUCUUGAGAAAUUCAGAUCCUUGCUCUAUAGAUGGAUUUUGAUUGAUAAAGUUUCAGCAAAAAUAACUUUCCAUUUGUAGCCUUGAUGUAGGUUUUUUAAAAUCCUUCAUAAAUAAAAAUUCAAGGUAUUAUUCUGAAUGCUAGCCUUUAGAAAAAGGGCUUUUCUGAACAAGUUUUAUUUUUAGCCUUGCUUAAUUCAUCACUCAGAAUGAUCAAGUAAGGUUCUUUUAUCAGACUAGUGUUUUGCAUGUGUCACAUGUGUAAUCUGGUUAGUCUGAUAAGAAAAUCAAUCUAUUAUUCCUCCAUUAAUAGUAAACAAGGGAAAUAACUCCAACUCAAAUUAUAUCUCUUUGAAUGGUUGUUUCCUGUUUCCAUGAAAAUUGAAAUGUUUGUUUCAGUCAACCCUUAUUCCAGAAGUAAGUUUUAUAAAUAUCUGCUGAAAAUUGUUAGCAAUUAGAACAUAAAAAGCAUAUUACUAACAGCCACUUCCAAAAAUAUUUGUCAGUUAAAUGUUUUCUGCUUUAAUAAAUCUAGUGGAUAACAAUGUCAUUGUUUGGAUUUCUUACAUUUUCUUUUUUUCCUUUUGAAUCCAUGUUAGUGUUCCUAAAAGCAUUAGUGACUAGGAAUACGUUCCUGUGUGUAACCUGGCUGUUAUGGGUAUGAAAAAUAAGCAUUCUAGAUAUUUUAUUUUUGUAUUCUCUCAUUGAAGUUUUUAACAAGAUUACAUGAAGUAUAUAUUUUUUGUGAGAAAUUCAUGAAUUUAUUUUAAAUAUUU